GUACUACACUGACACAUUGGUCACUGUCAGUGCUAGUGUUAUCAGCGUUUUCUGUUUCAUGAACAUAGAUAUUUGUUUGGAGGAAUUAGUACUGAGCUGCUACAAGAAACAAUAUUACCUGGAAUAAAACCUCACCAUAUUCCGUUCAUAACUAUUUAAGGCUUAGACACGAAAGCACGAAACGGAUUGGGAAUUGAAAUGAAGAGCAAUCGGCAAAUGUUUGCGUUACCUUGACUGGGAGAUUUCUAUGCAUUUCUAUGGCUAAACACAAUAAGGAUGAGUGUUAGUAAAAGGAAGUUCACACAACACAUCAUACCCAACCCUCAAACCUCUAAAUACAAAGAUGGUUCGUCAGUGGGAAAUAAUGAGCUCGCUGAGCAGAUGUGGUGUUCAUCUAUUUCUAUGCCGAUUGACUACGAGGAAUAUGUUACAAAAAAUAAGGCACUCAUUGUUAAUGACCCAUACCGGGAAACUGUACUUUUUCCUCAAGACGAUUUGAAGGUGGUCAGAAUUCCUCAUAUUCAUCGAACGUUGAGCAAUGUUGUCCCUGAGGCUGCACUUAAACAUGAUUUAUUUACUUCAAAUUCAUUGGCACGCCAUGCAGUAUCGUUUUUUGCUACAACUGAAUGGAGCUAUAUUCAACAAACAUCUUCCAUUUAUUGCGGGAAUUUUCUCUCGCUUCCAUUUAAGAAUGAUAUCGAUGAUUUGGGCGGAAAAUUAUCCCAAUAUUGGUUCUCAAUUGAUCAGUCAUUAUCCAAUAAAGACAGUCCCAAUCAUGUUUCAGAUUCCGAUCAUCUAUCAACUAACAUUGGCUCAAAAAUAAGAACAGCUACAGGAUUUCAAGUUCGUAGUCGUCGGUCAGCCACAAGUGGUCUUAUGAGAACUGGUCAAAGUGUUUGUGAAACAGCUACUUCUAGUUCAGAUAAUCGAUUUGCAGGAAGUUUUCAACCUAAAGAUCAUUUGAAAUUGGAAAGAAUCAACUCAGAUACCAGUUUAAUAAAACGUGGCAGUAAAUCAAAGGAUAUAGAAGAGACUGAUGAAAAAUCAAUCAAUGAUAUUACUACAAAUUUGAGUCUUAGUGGGAAACAGUUUGAAAAUGGAAAGUUUUCAUCUACUUAUUUAGAAUGUCAACUUAUGUUAUGUAAUCGUGAAAAAUAUCAAGAUUAUAUUCGUAUUCUAGAAGGUUUACUUUCUUCUGGUAUAAAUAAAAAUGUUAAUAAAACAAAAUCAUUAUUUAAAAAUUAUAUAACAAACUAUUAUUGUUUAAGACAAAUACAAAUUGAAGAGCUAUGUGAUAAUGAUCGACAAAAAACUUCAUUAGAAUCUAUUGGAAUAAUUCGAAAUUUAUUCGUUGGUCUACAUGUUAUAGCACCUUGUGAUUGGCGUGCAUCAAAAGUGUAUUCAUCAUCUUAUGAAAAUGAAAAUAUUAUAUAUUUAGAUACAAUUGAAUCAGCACGUUCAAUUGGUGAUUAUUGGAUUCGUUUAGAAAGAUUAUUGCCAUCUUCAUCAUCAUCAUUGUCACCGAUGCCAUCGUCUUCACCGACAUUAAAUUCUAUCCAACCAUCAUCUAUUAAACAAUCCAAUGAAUUAUCAACACCCAAUAGUUCACUAUUAAAUGAUGAAAUAUUUAUUUAUUUCGACCCUGGAAUGAGUGAUGCAUUGGAGAAACGACAACUAUGGUUGAAUGCAAUAGAGUUAGCUAUAAAAUUGGAACAUCAUAGACGACGUAUAGGUUAUCAUCAUCAAUCAAAUACACAUUUUCACGAGAAUUCAGACUCCACUGGAAGUAAUAAACUAGAUUUAUUUAACAAAUCCAACGAUACAGAUUCAGUACGCAGUGCCUUACAACGGUAUGCUCAAGAAACCGAAUUAUUUGUAAUACGUCAACGUCAAAAAGAUCGAAUCAAAUUAAUCACAUUGUUCCCAGAAGUUCGAAUAAAUCAACAUAAAAUUAAAAUGUCCUACUCACCACAUGAAAAUAAUAAUGUAAUAGUUAGCAAUUUGAAAGAUUCACCAUUUUCACCAUUUCCUGAACGUACAAUUGAAUUAUGUAAUCGACGAUAUUUAGCUACAUGUUUAUGUUUACAUUCAAAAAUUCAAGCUAAUUUGGAAAUUUCAGGGAAUUCAUUAUCUUCCCAUUUAGAGAAUCCAGAACCAUAUUUUGUUACCAUUUUUCUUGUGGAUGUCAAUGAUGGACGUCGUGUUAGUGAAGAUUUCUAUUGGAAUCCUAAUUCAUCAAUUAUUGAUUCUAUGUUACCAACAGAUCAAUUCAAAAGUUUACCAUGGUAUUCAUCUAAUAAUCAAUAUUCUGAAACAACUAAUGAUAAUCAUCAUCAUCAUCAUCAUUCAAUAUCUAAUCAACCAAAUAUUAUUUCAUCACCUAAUCGAAUAACACGUAGACAUGCACCACCACCACCACCACCAAAUAAUAAUCUUAUGUCUCCAUAUGGAACACAAAGUUCUAUUUCAUUAGAUUGUUUGUAUAAGUGUCGUACAGCAUUAUUUUCAAUUCCAUCAUGUUGUCAUGUCAAUAAUUUGUAUAUAGUUGUACGAGUGGAUAAAGUUCUUAGUGGACCAAUGAAUACAGUAAUGGAUAAAUACUUGAAAAAUACUAAUAAUACUAAUGAUAAUAUUAAAACUGGUUCAAGUAUACAAAAAUCAAUGGUGAAUUAUUGUCGUAAUAUUGGUCGUUAUCGUAUGCCAUUUGCAUGGGGUGCAAGACCUGUAAACAGUACAAAUCGUUUUAUUCAUCUAUUCAAAAUGGAUUCUAAUAAGAUCUCUGAACAAGGAUUAAUUCAAUCUGUACAAAUGUUAUCCCAUUUAUCAAUUGAUUAUAAUACAUAUCAUGAUCGGUAUACAGAUGUAACAAGCAUUAUGACUACUACUAAUAAUGAUAAUAGUAGUAUAAAUGAAAGUAAUCAUUAUCAUAUACCAGAAUCUAUAAAUCAUAUGUUAAAAAUAGACUCAAAUAAAUCAAAAUCAUCAAAAUUGAUUAAUAAUAAUAGUUCUUUACUAAAAGAUGUUACAACUUAUUUAACCGAACAAGAUCGACUCUUUAUUGAAACAAUUGAACGUUCUCUUAAAACUCAAAUGUUACCUUUACGAUUUGAAUUCGUGAUGAGUGAACUAAUUGAUCAUACUAUUGAUCCUAAUGCAAAACCUUUAUCACGAGUUAUUGCUUCAAAUCUGGAAACAUACACACCGAAUGUGACAGCUAAUAAUUCUCAUAAUUUCUAUAUACCAUCAACACAUCCAUCGCUUAUGUCAGAUGAAAUUAUACGUGAAGUUGAAAAUCUAUUUGAUUUUUAUUCAACUCUAUCAGGAACAUCGUAUAAUGAUGAUUAUGGAAUUAAUAAUCCAGAUGAUUCUAAUACUCCUUCUCGUACUGGAAGUCUUCAAAGAGGUAGUUAUCGAAUGAAUUCACUUAAUAACAAAAAUAAUAAUAAUAAUAGAGAUUCUAUUCUAUCAACUAAUAGUGUAAAUAGUACAACUAGUUCACUUAAUAUUACAAAUGAUUUACCAAAAUUAUUAAAUAACACACUUCAAAAUCAAUCAAAUUCACUUGAACAAUCUGUUAUUCAAUUUGAACAUGGAACAAGUACACAAUGUUCAACUAUUAAGUUAUUACCAUUCACUUCAUUUUUUAAUACAUUAUAUGUAUGUCCAAAAUCAUUGAAUAUGUCAGGGAAACAUAAUUUUCCAAGGGCUCGGAAUUUAUCAUGUUUCAUUGAAUUACGAAGUAAUGAUAAUUUGGAUAAUUCCACUGCGUUAAAGGUGUUUUACAGUCGUCCAAGUAUUCGUCAACCAAUAUUUGAUUCAUGGUUUAAUACUGCUGUAAUAUAUCAUGAUAAUUAUCCGAAUUUCAGUGAACAAGCUAAAAUCUGUUUACCAUUAAAUUUAACUUCAAAACAUCAUUUACUAUUUCGUUUUUAUCAUGUAAGCUGUGAGACGGCUUCAACAAAUUUAUUAACUUCCAAAGAGAAAUCUAAUAGUAAUAAUACUAAUAAUAAUAAUAGUAGUAGUGGUAGUAGUAAUAAUAAAAAACCUGUUGAAUCAAGUACAGGCUAUUCAUGGAUUCCAAUACUUGGAACAGAUGGAAAUUUAAAUGUUGGCACAUUUCAACUUCGUAUUGCAUCAACUAUUCAUCCGGGUUAUUUACAACAAUCAACUAUACAAAACUUCCGUCAUUCAAAUAUAAAUGACACUAGUGGUGGAAUUAGCUUACCAUUCAAUAUCGGCAAUACAAACUCUACGAAUAAUAAUAAUAGUGGUAAUUCCAAUGAUUUCACUUGGAUUGAUAAUGGGAAAUAUUUAUUUAAAGUUGAUCUGAAACCUUUAUCAUCUAUAUAUACACAUGAUCCAAUAUUGUCAAAAUUCUUUCGUGUUUGUAGUGAUCUACUACCACGAAUGUUGUACUUAUCAUCUACGAAAACAAAUAAUGCAGAUAAACAGAAGCAAAAUCAUGUUACAUUUCGUGAUGAUACUGUUGUAAUACAAUCUAAUAAUAUUGAUUUAUCAUCAUCAUCAUCUUCAUCUUCAAAACGUAUCAGUAUUACAGGGGGUAAUAUUUCUAAUAACAGUAUAUUACAUAAUGCAACAUCAAUUCAUUUACAUUUAUGUAAUGCUAUGAAAGCAUUAUUAUUGAUUAGUCCAACUGCAUUAGUACAAUUUCUACCAGUUAUUCUUAAUCAAUUUAUGGAGAUCAUUAUUCUUAGUGCUGAAACAAGUGAAAAAUGUUUUCAACAACAACAACAACAGCAGCAGCAGCAAAUAGCUCAACUAUCAGAUUCAAUCAACAAAGAUCUUAGUAAUACUGCUGAUACUUCGGAAUAUUUAUGGUUUAGAAGUUUAAAAAAUAAUUAUAAUAAUAUGAUUAGUACAAAUACAACAAAUUAUACUAAUACUACUACUACCACUACUAUUACUAGUAGUAAUAAUAGUACACCGGAUGAUGUAUUGAAAACAGCUAUUAGUACAUUAGCUAUGCUUGUCUCUGAAUUGAAUGCACAAAUUCCAAAUGAUAAUUGUUAUUAUCCAAUCAAGUCAACAAAUGAUACAGCCUAUUUAGAUAGUGCAGUCGAUUCAAACAUACCAAGUGGUGAACGUGUAAAGCACAAUUUAUUGAAAACUUAUGUAGAGUUUGUAUUCAAUCCUGAUCAUUUGUUAACAACAUGUAUAAAUCAUUAUUUAAAUGAGAAUCAACAAAUCAAUAAUGAUCCAAGAAAAGAAGAAAAAGAAGGGAUACAACUCAAUGAAUUAAUACAUCAUAAAAGAUUAAAUCGUUCACCUCCACCACCAUCAUCAUCACCAUCCAUAACAACAACAACAAGAUCUAAUAAAUUAUCAAUAUCACAAUUGACAAUUCAUCAAUAUUUUCCUUUAUCCUCAUUACAUCAUUCUAUUAUUCGUGGUUUAAUUCUACUUUUAUCUGAUAUUCAUUGUCCAAAUAAUAUAUUAAUACAUUUAUUUAAUAAUAUUUGGUUAUUAUUAACAUUAAUAAUUAAAUCAAUGACACAAUAUUUAUGUAUUAGUAAGAAAAUAUGGGCCGAACGAUCAGGUGAAACACGUUUUUCAUCAUUAUUCUGUGAAGAUUUAACUGUAUUUAUUCAAUUGAUUGGAUCACGUUUAUUAUCUACAUCUCUUGGUACUACAAAAACCACAUCAAUAACAUGUAAUCAAUCUAAUAAAACGGAUGAAUUAGAUACUACCACUUAUAAUCAAGUUAUUACAUCACUUAAUGGAUCAUUAACAAAAAUGGAACCAUUCAAUUCUCUAACAAAUUCACAAGCAAGUAAAUAUAUCAAUCAAUCAUUAACACGAAAAACUUCACCUCGUUCUGAAUCUAUUCAACUUAAACAAUAUUCUAACAGUGUUAAAUCUAAUCCACAUCAUACCAAUAAUAAUGUAAUUGAUUUUAAUGGAAUUGAUGUAAUCUCAGCAAUCGGACAAUUUUUAUGUCAUUUAUUCAAUUUAAUGGAUAGAGGUUAUGUUUUUAAACGUGUUCGUGAUUUGUUAAUGUUCCUUGAAAUAUCACCAAGAAUGUCCGCUGAUAAAAUUGAUCAAUUAAAUGAAUUACGAUUUGAAUUAUUACGUUGUAUUUGUGAACAUGAACAUUUUAUUCCAUUGAAUUUACCCAUGUUAAAUAUAUCUGAUGGUUUAAAUGUUGGUCUUGAAUUAUCGUUAACUGAUCAAUUUUGUCAACAACAUUUUCCAAUUGGAAUUCUAUUGAAUCAACUUAGUUGUUUAUUAUCUGGUUGUAUAAAUACUGGAAGUUGGGCAAUACUUAAAUCAACAUCAAGUCAACAUUAUAAACAACCUAUUACAAUAUUACGUAAUCUAUUAAUUAAACAUACACUUGAUCCUCGUUAUCGUAAUUCUAAAGUAAUUCAAGCUAGAAUUUGUACAUUAUAUCUUCCAUUGAUUCGUUUAGUGUUGGAUCAUUGGGAUUCAUUUGGACCUCCAGGUGGUGCUCUACAAACAGCUGUUAUUGCAGCUGCAGUACGUCGAGAUUAUGAAGAAUCUUUACAACUGACUGAUGGUCAUAGUAAUUCUAGUACAUUGAAUACAUCUCGUCGUCAACAUUCUAUUGAUAAAUCAAAUAAAUUAAAUAAAUCCAAUAUUUCAGGUAAUAUAACUAGUCAUAUUAACAGUAUAUCAAAUUAUCGACCACAAAGUAUGCUUAGUGAUUAUUCAUUAGAAACAAUUAAUAAUAACAAUCAAUCACGACAACAACAACAACAGAACACAAUGAAUUCUGACAAUGGAUCAUAUGAUUCUUAUUUAUCCAUAACUAGUAGUAGUCAUUCAUUUUCACAGACUGGUAGUAGUGGUAGAAAAUCUUCUCUAUCAAGUGAUCAAAGUGAUGAUCGGUCAACAAACAGCGGUUCUGCAACUGGCGCUUCUACUACUGCUAAUGCUGCUUAUUUAACUAAAGAUGGCAAAGUACAAAAGCAUAUAUUAGAUCAAAUUGCUGGAGUUAAUCAAGGUGGCGCUCUGCAACGUGUACAAAGAAUACGUCAUCAAGACACUUCAUCUAUACCGCCACCAUCAACAACAAUUAUCACGUCAUCCAUCGAAUCUAAUGCACCAUCGAUAAUAUCUAAUCAAUGUCCACGUUCUCAUUCAAUCCAUUCUGUGGAUAGUGCACAAAGUGGAAAUUGUGUUUUGUCAAGUCAUACAAGUAGUAGUACACUGACAUUAACUGGUCCCGAUGUGGAUAAUAAUAAUAAUAAUAAAGAUCAUAUAAAUGGUCUAAAUGGAGGUAAUCAUAUCGAUGAGAAUGAUGGCAUUAAUAAUUUAACAAGUGAUUACAAGAAUAAUGAAAUCAACCAGAAUCACAAUGAAUUAAAUAACGAUCAAGAUUGGGCAAAACAAGUUCUUACAUUAGCUGGUAUUUAUACAGAUCGUAUUAAUGAUGUAAAAUCAAUGAGUUCAGUGAGUCCACAAUCUGUUAUAUCUAAUCCUUCUAUUGGAAUUCCAUUAGAAAUGAAUGUUUCAGAGAUGGAAAAUUCCGACAAUGUUCAUCAACAUUCUCAUUCUCAUAAUCAUUUACCAUUUUAUCAAAAUAUACGAUCUAAUCAUCAAAAGAUAUUUAUUCCUGAAUUAUUAUUAAUUAAACAACCUAUUAUACGUCCACAUAUUCAUCGUCGUCCAUAUGAAUUAAAUAAUAUCGAUGCACCACGUCGUUUAACUGAUAAUUGUCAACGUGAUUUAUAUAUUUGUAUAUUACAUAUUAUGUCUACUAUAACAUUAGUACAUUUAAAAUGUUUAUUUCAUAGUUUUACUAUACAAGAAAGAUUACAUUUUUUGAAUAUAUUAAAAUUUUCUAUUCAACAUUUACGUUAUCGUGGUAAACAUUGUAUUCAACAAUAUGAACACAUAAGUCACAGUAGUGUUGGACGAACUGGUGGUACUGGUCAUCUCCUUCAUAUGAGCAAUGCACUAGCUAGUAAUGCUGCUUCUCGUAAAAAGAGUAAACAUUUACAAAGUGAUCUGUUAACUAAAAAUGUUAAUGAACUAACCCCUGAAGAAGGACAUGAUAAUAUACCAAAAAUGAAAGUUUUAUUAAAAGCGAAUUUGGCAACUGAGUCAAGCUUGAUCAUCUUAGAUUUGUUGAGUACGUUUACAACAGUUUUUAAAUCAGAAUUGAAUCUAUGUAAACCGAAUGAUCCAGUAUUUUGUUCAAUAAUUGAAACGUAUAUAUGUAUAUUAUCUAAUAAUCCAUCUGAUUAUGUAAUACGUCAUACAUUUUCUGCAUUACGUGUAUUUAUUAAUCAAAAUUCACAGACUCUCUUCUCUGAAUCAACCGAUAUUCUAAGCAUACUUUGUUUAGCUGGUUUAAGAUGUUCUAAUCAAUGUUUUCUUUCAUUAUCAUCGGUUAUCUCUUCUCCAUCAUUACCAGUUUCAUCAAUACCACCACCACCACCACCACCACCACGAACAACAACAACAACUGCAUGCCCUGUCUCCAACUCGACUGAUUCCAAUACUAAUACUCUAUUGGAUAAAAAUUCUCAAAUAUCAUUUCUAACUAAUAAUAUUAAUACAACGUCGUCUGACACAACAGCAUCUAUUAAGUAUAAACCUCCAAUACUAUCUAGAUUGAAAAAUAUUGAAAUUAAUGAUACAAAUCAGAUUAUAUCAAAUACUAGCCAUUUUACCCAUAGUAAUGAUUAUGAUAAUAGUAAUAUGAAUAAUCAAGCAUUGAUAAGUAGACUUUGUCUAGAUGCAUGCGGUUUCUUAUAUCGUUUAUGGAAGUGUAGUUUUGAAACACAUCAACAAGUUGGAUUUCAUCGUGUACAUUUACAGACAAUUAUUGCUAUAUCAAAACUUGUAAGUGAACUAAGUCCCGGUUUUGAAGCAAGUUUAAGUCUUUUGCAUAGUUUAGCACAAACUGAUAUGCAAAGAAUUUCAGAAUCAACUUCGACAAAGUCAUUAACUACAACAGUAACAACAACAUCGUCGUCAUCAUCUGGGAAGUUGUUUUGGACUGAUUCAAAUAUUCGUUUAUUCUUAGAUGAUAUUGACGAUUUAAUUCAUCGUAUAUUAACUGUAUUAACUGCUACUGCUGAAAUGCGUCGACAUUGUGAUGACCCUGAGCGUAUAGUUGACUUACAGUAUGCACUAGCUAAAUCGUACAGUAGUAAUCCAGCAUUAAGACGUACAUGGUUAGAAGAAAUAGUCAAAUUACAUAUGAAUUCAAGAAGUUUCACAGAAUUAGCUAUGACUAAAUUACAUAUUGCUGCAUUAAUGGCUGAAUAUUUAAAAUGUAAAGGUAUUUUAGAUUGUGAAUUUCCUCAAGGAUGUAAUGCAUUCAAAACAAUUUCAUCUAAUAUUUACAUAGAAGAAAAUGGAUUAAAAACAGAUUCUACAGUAUUAGAAAUUUCUUAUACACAAGAGAAUUUAUUAACCGAUCUAAAUGAAGCUGCAUUAGCCUUAGAAUCUGCUGGAUUAUAUGAAUGUAUACAACCUGUGUAUAAUUUAAUUUUACCAGUAUAUGAAUCUAAAUGUCAAUAUAUGAAUUUAGCUCAAAUUUAUCAUCAUAUUGGUCGAACUUAUGAAGCAAUAAAUCGAAUUGAAUCUUAUGGACAUCGAUUAUUUGCCGCAUAUUAUCGUGUUACCUUUCAUGGUCAAUUAUUUGAAUCAAUGGCUGGUAAAUCAUUUAUAUAUCGUUCAAAUCCAUGUCAAAAAUUAAAUGAAAAAUGUGAUGAAUUAUUACAAUUAUAUCGUCAUAAAUAUGGUGAACAAUCAGUGGAAUUAUUAACUGAUAAUUUUAUUAAUCGAUCAAUAUUAGAUCCAAUGAAAGCUUAUGUUCAAAUUACUUAUGUUGAACCAUAUAAAGAAAUAAAAGAUUCUGAUAAAAAACCAUUAAGAUCUUAUGAAAAACAUCAUGAUGUACGACAAUUUAUGUUUGAAGCACCAUUUCUAAGACAACCAGGUUUAUCGACGGAAGAAUGCCUAUUAGCACCAGGUCCAAAACAAAGUGAUGAUUUAACUAUUCAAUGGAAACGUCGUACAAUAUUAACUACUGAAGCAACAUUCCCGCAUAUACGUCGUCGACUUGAAAUUAUACAAGUAACAGAGAUUGAUUUCACUCCAAUCGAUUCAGCGAUAGAUGCUAUACAAUGUAAAAAUCAGGAAUUAAUGAGCCAUGUAAUAACUCUACGUAAUAAUUUGACCAUUUACCAUUAUUCAGCUAAUCCAACAUUGAAUGAAGAUAAACGUAUCUCUAUCAAUAUGCUUAAUUUGCAUUCACCUGUUGUAAUAACAAAUACUUCUUCAAACAUUCCUAAUGUCAUAACAACAACAACUGCUACUACUACUACUAAUACUAUUAAUAGUAGUAUUAAUGGAAAUCAUUCAAAAAUAUCUACUUAUAAAAUACCAUUAUUAAUGGAUAUGCAAUUACAAGGUGCAUUAUUACCUACAGUGAAUGCUGGUCCAAUGGCUUAUGCUCAAGCAUUUUUAAAACUGGAAAAUCAAUCAUUUUAUCCUAUCAGUAAAGUUAAUCGAUUGAAAGAGUUAUUUUUUGAUUUCUUAUCAACUUGUCUGGUACUUCUUACAUAUUAUUACAAUCUAAUGUCAAGUGUACAUGAAGCAAAAUAUCGUGCUAUGCGUGAUGCAUUAGAUCGUUAUCGAGUUGAUUUAAGUAAUUUAUUAAAAGAAGAAAUUAUUGUUAAUGAAAAAGAAUUAAGAAUUGGACCGAAAUCUUCAUCCUCUUCAUCAUCAUCUCCAACAACAUCGUCUUCAUUCACAAUGAAUCAUAUUCAUUGAAUUAAGCAACUACAUUAAACUCGAUUUCGUUUUUUGAUCAUCUCUCUCUCUCUCUUUCAUCUUUAUCCCAUGAAUAGUAUAUUUGUGUAUACAGUGAUAGGGUCAUUGUUCCAUUAGCGUUUUGUUUUUUUUGUGUGGAGCAAAUGAGUUUUCUACGGGAUAGAGUUGCUAACCUUCCUCCUUUUAUCCAAACUUGGAAUCGGUAUGAACUCGAGAAGAACUACACAGAUAGAGUUACAUUGUUCAUUAAUCCAACUUAAUUCUAUUCAAUGAUCAUCUGUAUUAUCGGUUUACAUUUCUUAUCAUAUAAAUUCAAUAGAAAAAUAAACAUUCCAAUUAUAAUUCACAUAUCGUUGUAAUAUGUAUACACAUAAUGGUAUAUACUACUGAUAUCCAUCGACAUAUAUGAGUAGUAUAUUAACAUCAAACAGAAAUAGCUUGUUUAAUCUGGAAAUUGUGUUGUUCUUCAUUGUACCUAGCAACAAAUGAUAGGAGUCUUCUUUUUGAAUGCUCUACUGAAUACCUUUAUUGUUGGUUUUUUUUUUGAAAACACACAAUGUAUUAUGUAACUUGAAUUAAAUGUAUUUAUGAUUUAUGAUUAUAGAUGAUUAUCAAUAAUGAGUAUUUAUUCAAAUGCAUUUCUAUGCCAGUUAUUUUGAUCCCUUCUCCUAUUUUUUCUUCUUCUUCUUCUUCUGAUUAUUAUGAUCAAUCAUAAUAUUGUACACUAUUUACUUUCACAUAAUAGAUGUGGAUGGAUAGUUUUUUUUUUGUUACCAAGUUGUAUGUAUUAUGGAUAAUUAUUUUGUAAAAUAAUAACAUAAUAUAGUAAUGAUUAUACUAU